ACGGACUCUGAUACUAUAUCUUUCAUCGCUUGUAUUUCGAUUCCUUUCACCCUUAACCUUCCUUUCCGCGUCCAAGAUGGACCGCAGCUUGGACGAGAUCAUUGCUGAGCGCCCUAGGCAAAACCAGAACCAGAACAGGGGCCGUCGUCCUCAAGGCCGCCGCUCAAAUGGCGUAAAAAAGCCUUAUCGAGAUGACCGUGUUGAUUUGGAUCUUGAUUGGGUCCAUGACAAGUAUGAAGGCGAUCGCGACACACGCCCUUCUCGUGCCCCUCGUCGUCCUCGUGGUGACCGCUACUCUCCGUCUCCGGACCGUAGCACGGCUACAGGAGCUAAGCUUCGCAUUGAAAAUCUUCAUUACGACAUCACAGAGAACGACCUCGAAGACCUGUUCACCCGGAUCGGACCUAUCACUAACCUAUCCAUCGUUUACGACCGAGCUGGACGCUCUGAAGGCGUCGCCUUCGUAACCUAUAACCGCUACACCGACGCUAAAACCGCAAUUGCUGAAUUCGACGGCGCCAACGCCAAAGGCCAGCCCAUUCGUGUUUCCAUAAUAUCCACUGGCGGCAGCGGUUCCGGUGGGGGUCGACGGGACCGAAAUCCCUUUGACAACGUGGAGAAGCCUAAGGGUAGUCUUUUUGAUCGUGUCGAACGACCAGGUGGUGGUCGUGACGCCCGCAGCUUAAGCCCCGGCGGAGACCGCGAUCGAGAUGAUGGCGGAGAAGGCGGUGCGCGACGUCGUCGCGGCCGUCGCGGAGGUGCUGCGCCUGGUCGCCGCAGCGACGUCUCCAAGCCUGCGCCCGAUCACAUCGACCGCUACAUACCCGGACAACGAUCUCCUACUCGCCGAACCGCUAAUGGCGGUCGACGACAGGGUGGGGGCGAGAACAAAGGCGGAGAAAAUGGCGGUGGUCGUCGCUCUGGAAACCCACGACCCAAGAAGACACAGGAGGAACUCGAUCAGGAAAUGGAGGAUUACUGGGGAACGGCGACUGCUGCUGCUGGCUCGGCUGAGAAGGAUUCUGCUGCCCCUGGCCCUGUGCAGCAAGCGGCGGUGGCUUCUGCUGCCGCAACUGCUCCAGCUUCCGCUACGGCCGCCCCGGCAGGUGGUGAUGAUGAUAUCGAUAUGAUCGAGUAAACGGCCAAAAGAAAUUUGUGUACUACCACUACAGCUACCAUUCUCCCCACUACUCAUUCACGGAGAACAUGCGCACGACGAUGUGCUCUCAUUUGUAACUACUACACGAGUAUUAUUUCCUUUGGGUGUGCGAUGGCUAAGUUUAAAAUCAGACUGGGAUAUUAUUGUAUGCAUCGGUUGCUGCGGGUCUAGCUCGGAAUUUUAUUAGUUGAAUAAGGCGUCUUCUUG